AUGCUCGGCCUAAAGUGUGCUCCCUCCCAGGGCCUUAUUCACUGUCCCACAGCCAAUAAGGACUCCGGCGAGACAAUACCCGUGGACUUUGGUAUAAUGACACUGAAUACUAGCGCAUUCGAGACCGCCACCCCGCCCUCUGUUGGCUCGCUGCCUACCCUUAGCGGCGCGGCCGCCGCAGCAGUAUCCUCUGUGACCUCCAUGGCCAUCGCCAAAGUUAUCAAUGAACUUCCCUCACUGUCCUUCGAUCAGCGUUCUCUUACCUAUCUCGUGGAUGCACUCUGCAAACUGGCUACCGGGGUUCCCGAAGCAAUAGCAGCGGGCAAGGUUUGUUGUAUUCUAUAUUUCUCAAGUUUUCUUCUACGCUGUGCGAUGUCUUCUUCAACCCCAGCUCUCAUCUCCGAGUUUUAUUGCGCGCUUUUCUGUCGGCCACUUAAUGCCCAGGAUGUUCAUGCAAUUCGCAUUUCUCAGAUCACCCUAAAUGAUCGGGCCUCCUGUAAAUGCUUCUAG